AUGACGUCUCCAACCACAGUGCUCGCUCCAACACCCCCAACACCAAUGUUAAACUCGUUUGCGUCGCGCAUUCGGUCAUCACCAGCCGUUAAGCCAUUGCCUGAAGACGUAGCUUGGCUUAAGGACAUAAAGCUUGAAAUGACCACGACGAACUCGAUCCGUGCGGCAGUCCAGUACAAUCUACGCGUGAUCUAUCAUCCGUCUGGUUUCACGCCUACGCAUUGGGACGUCAAACAAACUUUUGACCAGUAUAAGACAUUUCAAAAGCGUCUACUACGCGCACUGCAGCCGAAACACAGUUGUAAAGCCGAAUGCCGUUGGCUCUACAGUACAGUCAAGAAGCAUUUUCCUAAACCGACGCUAAUGGGCUCACGUUUCCCACCAAUCGUUGACCAGCGCUGUAAGGCUUUAUUACAACUACUUACGACCGUCCAAGCAUCUGUGAUGAAUCAUGGCAAUCGUAAUUGCAAGGUCAUGAUGAAGUCAGUAGGUCAAGAGCUCGCGUACUUUCUCGUAGGCGACGAUUACAAAAGCAACGAUGGAAUUUCGCCUCCUGUGACGCCAACAACUGCGUCGGAACUCGAAACGCCUGCCAGUUCACGACCGUCUUUCACAUCCUCCGUCUCAUCAGACGAUGGCAUGGGUGAGAAAGACGAUACAGCAAAUUCUUAUGAUGUGUUUACGGGCUGGAGCUUACCAAUGGAGUACCUCAGCCUUGACCGAACCAUUAGCUCUCCGAUGUAA